AUGACCCGGAAGCUGAGUAUUAAAGCCGUGAACGAGCUCAACUAUAAAGAUUUUAUUUCAACCUUCGCAAAUGUUGUAGAACACACGUCUCUUUGCGCGGCUGCCGUUUGCACCAAGGCGCAGUUUUCAUCCUCUGAGAGUUUCGUCACUGAGAUCUGUUGGUUUAUUGACAGUCUGCCAGACGACGCAAAAGCGGGAAUCCUGCGCAGUUAUCAGGAUCUAUUUGAUCGUUGGGAAUCUUUGUCAAGUGAGUCCCAGAGAGAGCAGACGGAGGCUGGUAUUAGAUCACUCGGCGCCGAGGAGAUAAAGCUUUUGAAAAGCUACACCAGACUCUACAUGGUUGGUAAUUUGAGCUCGUUUAAACAACAAAGAGACGGUUUUGGAACGGAUUAG